GUCUUGCUAGAAAAGAAAAGCUGAGAGCUCCCCAAACCAAACACAGUGAAAACCAAGAGAAUGUCAGGCAUGGAGAGGCUUCAGAGGAUGUUCGCCGGCGCCGGAGGAGCUUUGGGGCACCCGCCUCCUGAUUCCCCCACCUUGGAUUCCUCCGAGCAGGUCUACAUCUCCUCCCUCGCCCUCCUCAAGAUGCUUAAACACGGAAGGGCGGGAGUUCCGAUGGAAGUGAUGGGAUUGAUGCUUGGUGAGUUUGUGGAUGAGUACACUGUUCGAGUUGUUGAUGUCUUUGCGAUGCCCCAGAGUGGUACCGGUGUUAGUGUCGAAGCUGUUGACCAUGUUUUCCAGACUAACAUGCUUGAUAUGCUGAAGCAGACUGGAAGACCAGAGAUGGUGGUAGGGUGGUACCACUCGCAUCCUGGAUUUGGCUGUUGGCUAUCUGGUGUGGACAUUAAUACACAGCAGAGCUUUGAAGCUUUGAAUCAACGUGCUGUGGCUGUGGUGGUUGAUCCCAUCCAGAGCGUGAAAGGAAAGGUUGUCAUCGAUGCCUUCCGCCUUAUUAACCCACAAACAAUGAUGCUUGGCCAGGAACCACGGCAGACAACAUCUAAUCUUGGACAUCUUAAUAAACCCUCCAUUCAAGCAUUGAUCCAUGGGUUGAACCGCCAUUAUUACUCUAUAGCUAUUAAUUACAGGAAGAAUGAGCUUGAGGAGAAAAUGCUGCUUAACCUCCACAAGAAGAAAUGGACAGAUGGGCUGACACUUAGACGCUUUGAUAAUCAUUCGAAGACAAAUGAGCAAACUGUUGAGGAGAUGAAGAACUUGGCUGUCAAAUACAACAAAGCAGUGCAAGAGGAGGAUGAAUUACCACCUGAGAAGCUUGCAAUUGCCAACGUAGGAAGGCAGGAUGCCAAGAAGCACCUUGAAGAACACGUCUCCAACCUUAUGUCCUCCAACAUUGUUCAGACCCUGGGAACAAUGCUCGACACUGUCGUGUUCUAGGGAGUUGCGAGUGCAAAACCUUCGUCACUGUCAGAAGAGCAUUUAGUAGUUUUCAUUGCUUUGAACAAUGGGCGUAUGUAAGACUAGUUUCAUGAAACUUGCUGCAUCCAGAUGUGGUCUGUUCUACUUGGAGAAUUUUCUACUUUCAUUUAAAACCGUUUACCAUGUUUGUGAAACA